UGUUGUCAGCGUAAACGGAGUGAAGAGGGCCGACCUCGCCGCUCGAAAACAUUUAAGCGACGACGAACUUGGCGGCGUCGCUGGGAGGUUAGCAAGAAUCCAGUUCGCCACACGAGUUAAUGGACUGCUUACUGCUCAAUGCGUACGCUGGCGAAAAAGGUGGUGUAGCUUUUCACCGCUCAAAGAUGGACGACAGCGCGGCGAGGGAAGAUGCAUGCCAAGAGUAUCAGUCCUCGCUGGAAGACCUCACGUUCAACAGCAAGCCGCACAUCAACAUGCUGACCAUUUUGGCCGAGGAAAACGUCAACUUCGCCAAGGAUAUCGUCGCGAUAAUUGAAGCACAAAUAAGCAAGGCCCCAGCAGCUGAGAAGCUUCCAGUUUUGUACUUAGUGGAUUCCAUAGUGAAGAAUGUCGGAGGAGAGUACCUAGGAGUGUUUGCUAAAAACCUAAUCGCUUCAUUUAUAUGUGUCUUUGAAAAGGUGGAUGAGAACACUAGAAAGAGUUUGUUCAAGUUGCGAUCGACAUGGGACGAAGUUUUUCCGCUCAAGAAACUCUACGCGUUAGAUGUGCGGGUAAACUCUGUGGACCCGGCGUGGCCAAUCAAGCCUCUGCCGCCUACAGUGAAUGCCAGCAUCCAUGUCAACCCCAAGUUUUUAAAACAGUCUGAGGAGGCUCCUCCUCCAAGACCUACCCCUCCACAACCGCCACAAGCGGUAAUUCAGUCCAGCCUGACUCAAGAGCAGCUGAUUAGACAGCAGCUCUUGGCCAAACAGAAGCAGCUCCUUGAGCUUCAACAGAAGAAGAUUGAGCUGGAACUGGAACAGACCAAAGCACAGCUGGCUGGAGGAUUUUCAUUACUAACGGCAACCCCAGGAGCACCUGUAGCAACCCCGAAGCCAGUCGGUCAGCCCACUCCAGUGGUUCGCUCUGUGGUUGCUCCCCAGCCUCCGACUGACCCUAAACUACCCACUAGAGACCCACGGCUGAACCGCCUGGGACCCCCGGGUCCCCUUGGUCCCCCAAAAUGUAAAGAGCCACUUGCUGGAAAAAAGGAACCUCCACCAUCAGCAGUAACCCACAUUGUAACGCCUGAAAAACGAGUGACUGAGAAAGUGCCCUAUUCGGAAAAGGCAAGGAUUCCGAAAAAGGAUGACAAGCCCAAUGCCAAGUCUCCUCAAGUGACUAAAAACCUCCAGAGUAAGACCAAGCACGCGGAGACUGAGAACCAGAAGUCUGCAGACAAUGCAAAGAAAGAUCCCAGGUUGAAAAAGCGAGGUCUAGAUAAGACCGGAGACGACGAACAGAAGGAGAAGAAAAGAUGCAACCCUGAACUUCCAAAAGCCUACAGGGGAAGGAUGCAGAAUGGCUCCUUGACCAAACAAGAGCAUGCCGAUUCUGCCGAGAAGCUCAGCGGCAACGCCCGCUCGCAUGCCAGAAAACGCACGCGCUCUCGGUCCAGAUCCCGCUCUCCUGCCUCGCCCAAGAGAAAAGACAGGAGGUCGCCAAAGAGCAGAACUCGGAGUGCGUCCCUUUCCCCUUCGCCCUCGCGCAAAGGGGGGAAAGCCAGGAGGCCCAGGGGUGAUGAGCCGCCACAAGGCAAGACCACAGCGCGGGACGACCGAGCGGCGUCCAAGAAGAACCAAGCUGAGAACAGGCGCUCAAAGACUCCGGCCGACGACCGCCGGUCCAAGUCCAGAGACUCUCCGCGGGGCCACGAAGGGGGCAACCAAGCCAAAAAUACCCCUUCCCGCUGGAGGAGUGGCUGGGACGAGAACAAACAUCUUAAACCAGGGGACACUCACGCCAAACUUGGACCACAGAGACAUAAACCUUACAACACCCCAGCGCGACCCACCACUCCGCGCACCCCAAAACAUCGUCUCAGCGUGGAUGCCAACCUUCAGAUACCGGAAGCCCUGAACUCUGCGUCGAAGAAAGACCUACUCAGAAGGGCAAGCAGAAGCCUGGAGAGUGGCGAAAUUUCGCAGGAGGACUUCCUUAACAUGGCACACAAGAUCAAGAACUUCUUCCAGUAUCAGGAGGAGAAGCAACAGCGCCCAGAGGUUUGGGCUGCCUCCAACUUUCCCACCAAGAACACUUUGAUCCCCACGGCUGCCGAGCCCCUGGACCAGGCUCAGUUGACGUACUUUGAGCACAAGUCCAAGCUAAAGAAGACUCAGGUCGGGCACCGCUCGGCCGGAGAAGGAUGGGAGGUUUUGGAGGAAUGCGAGGGCCCGGGCCGGCCGACUCGAGAACUAGGGGAGAGAAGCAUAGAAUGUGAAGAACAUAGACCUCCGCUGGCUCCCAUGGUAGAAGAGUACAACCACGGCAAAGAGUUCCCGGCGCUGAAAGGCCUUCGCUUCAGGAGGAGGGCUGACCCCAGAGAGACCAGUGAAAGAGAGUGGAACUCGCCCCUGACCGAGCGCCAACGCGAGGAGCAAAAGAGUGGUUACGAUGCCCCUCGCCGCUACGCUGAGUCCAGACACCUGGACCCUAGGCGUACGGAUGGAUUCCCCCCCUCCGUCGGCCCUGUUCUCAGGAACUGUCCGAGCCCAUCUGCUCAGGAGACCCCCGUCCCCAUGUUUGAGCGCCAACGUCUCUCGCCCCUCCACCAGAAGGACAUGGCUGACAUGAGUCCUGUUCCGCGCUUCGAGAGCCCCAACAGUGAACACUCGGACGACGGUCCGCUUCCUCUCGACGCGGGCCUCGCCCCUCAAUCCAUCAUCACAGGGACUGUGCAUGGCGGAAUGUUGUCUAAUAUUCAUCACUCUCCCGGACGCAGCCCUCCGCACGACGGAGGCCCCCCGCUUACUCACUUUGAGCCUCCUGGACACAUGGGCCCGUCUAGAUUACACCCUCCAGGCUGGUACAAUGAACCGUCUCACUUUGAUGUUCCUCACUCAGGCAUGUCCCCUCAUCACAACAUGCCAGAGAGGUUUAACGCACCGCACGUACCUCAGGCACCCGCACCGCAUGUACCUCAGGGACCGUUGAGAAGCGUGGACAAUAUGGGUUGCUUCGAAGGUCUGCCCAGGUUUGACGGCCCAGGGCCUGGACACUUUGAGAACCGCGGUGUACAGUGUUUUGACAACAACAUGGGGCCUGGCACCGGACCAAUGGGGUUCCCGCAGCAGCAGCAGCCACCGCCGCAGCAACAGCGACCGAUGUCUUUUGAAAACCCUGCUUUGAGACAGGAGGGCUCUGUCCCUCAGAUGUGUUUUGAUGGGCACGGCCAGCCGGGACCCAGGUUCGAUCUACCUCCUCAGGGCCCUUGCUUCGAUGGCCCCCCAGGCCAGCAGGUUCCCCCAAGAUUUGCGCCUCAACUAGCCAUCCCUCUGCGGCCGAUGCCUCCUCCCAUAUUCGAGAACGCCCUCCCGCCUCCGCAGAACUUCCCGAUGGCUCCACAGCCUUUCCCGGAGCCUGGCAUCAACCCUCAAUUCCACCCGGGGCCCAUGCCAUUCCCCGGGCCGCCUAACGUGCAGCCAUCGGCCAACUUCAACAUCCUGCCCGGUCCUCCAUUCAGUCAGCCGGGCCCCGCCCCCUUCUUCAACACCGCAGUGGCUUCCGUCAACAUGCAGCAGCCCGUGAACUUGUUGAACAUGAACCAGCCUUUCCUGCCCCACAAUCCAGUGCCUUUUGUACAGCCAGCCCCCCAAAUGCCCCCGCCAGAGAAUCACUUUGGUCAGGUCGAUGUCAAUGACUUGCUUUCCAAACUCCUCUCUACUGGCAUCAUCAAAGGGUCCCAGCCGGACCCCGCGGCCCCUGUCAACGAGUUACCUGUUUCGGCUGCCCAAGAGGCACCGCCUCCAGAGGAGGAGGAAGAAGAGGAAGUAGAGGAUGAUUUCCCUGAUCUCACAGACUUCAAACUUGACGACAUGAAACUACGGUACGAGAGCGUGGUGACCAAGCUCUACUCGGGGAACCAGUGCUGCCUGUGCAGUAUGAGGUUCACCAUCGCGCAGACAGACCUGUACGCCGAUCACCUGGACUGGCACUUCCGGCAGAACCAUGCGGGCAAGGUGGCGGGCAAAAAAAUCACGCACCGCCGCUGGUACUACGGCCUCAUGGACUGGAUUGAGUUUGAGGAGAUCGCCGACUUGGAAGAGCGAGCCAAGAGCCUGUUUUUUGAGAAGGAAAAUGAGGAAGAGGUUCAGAAGAGCCAGGCUGCUGCCAAAGAAAAGGAGUUUCAGAGCGUCAAAGCCGCCAAAGACCAGGUUGCAGAGCUGUGCGAAAUCUGCCAAGAGCCGUUCGAGACAUACUGGGUGGAGGAAGAGGAGGACUGGUUCCUAAAAAAUGCCAUCAGGGUCGACGAUAAGAAUUUCCAUCCUUCCUGUUUCGAGGAUUAUAAAAACACGUCUUCAUACGUCGACAUGACACCGUCACCCAACAAGGUGCUGAGCGAACACCCGCUGAGCAUAUUCGCCAAGGAGGAGGAAGAAGAGGAACCUCAGUCGUGCGCCUUCGCCGCCUCCAUCAAGCAGGAAGCUGAUUCAGCAGUGAAAACGGAGGAAGAGAGGGAGGAAUGUCUAACAGAUGUGCAAUUGGAAGAGAAGAGACAGUGAACAGCAUCUCAGCUGCACUUUUUCUUUAUUUUGGAGGAAAAAGUUUUUGGUUCAUCGGCGAUUUAACUUGAAUACAUUUUGGUAUUUGUGCAAAGUGCUGCCGCCGCUUGGAUAGUUGGAGCCUUUUUCAGGCUCAACGUGUAAAUGAUUUAAUUUAUACAUUAAAGUAUUUUUGGAAUCUCUGGCGUACCAGUGAUUUGAAUGACAUCACAAGAGUAAAUAGUAGGUUUGAUAACUCCUCAGUUGAACGAUUUGAGUUGUUUUGUGGCCACGAUGAAGGUAAGCAUCAAUGCCGAAGCCGGCGGUCCACGGAAGAUCACCUCUUCUCCGGAAAGUUGCCGGGCCAUUUUGUGUCGAGUUUCAAUAAAGGGUUCACAAACUUAUUGUGUGAUUGUUUGGUUUAAUUGUUCUGAAAAAUAAAGCUUUGGUGAUCCGAA